AUGGACUUGCAUCUCCAUCCACCCGCAAGGAGUCGGUCGGCCGCAACGAAGCCGGUUCCCAGCUUCCCUCAGCUCUCUCCCGCUCCCGUAUUCGAUUACCAUCCCAGUGUAGAUGGUAUCGACACUAAUCUGUUGAUCUUGUUCCAUGGACUAGGUGACACUCAGAUCCCGUUUGGUCAGCUGGGUCGAAAAUUAAACCUGCCGCAGACGGCAUGUAUGUCUAUAAGAGCGUUUGGACGAGUCCCGUUUCUGGAAGAGGAGGCCUACCAAUGGUGGGAGUCGUUCGACAUCACUGGAAGUCUGCUUACGAAUCCGAACCCAAGCUCGACCUUGACCAAACUAAUGGCGAUGCUCGAUAGACUGGCGUCUGAGGAGCUUGGAUGGAAGCCUGAGGACAUCCAUCUUUUCGGCUUCGCCCAAGGGGGCAGCUGUCUCUCCGAGUUAGCCUUACUGUGGAAUCGCUCACAAUCGACUUCGGCCUCCUCCUUAGCCUCCAUUGUCUCCGUUUCUGGCCCACUUCUAUCCCUCCCAACCAUUCCUACAUCCAGUCGAUCGCCCACUCCAGUCUUAUUAUGGAGUCGAAGAGGCGAGGACGAUACCGGGAAAUGGCGAACUGGCUUCGAACGCGGUUUCCAAUCCGUCCAACACUUUCUUGGACCUCGCGCCUCGCAUGAACAGAUGCCGAUGACUCCACAGGAGUGGAAACCAAUUCUUGAAUUCUGGUCGAAACUCCUUAAAUCUCGGCACCCUUGGGAGCUGAAUGAUGGAGAUACUGAAGCGACAUCUACCUACGAAGUAAGAACCGGUUGA